AUGCGGUUGGCUCAGAUUUUUAUUAACAUGAUUGCAAAUGCAGCAGUGCCGUUAGCGUUUUGCGGUGCAGCUUUUGUUUGCUCUUUAUAUCUCAUUCACUUGAUCGCAAUUGCUUAUGCGAAGUAUCGUUUGCAUCACCGUGUAGUAUAUAAGAAAGAUUUGCCUGGUGUUUCUAUAAUAAAGCCCCUCGUUGGUACAGAUGAGAACUUGUUUUUCAAUCUUGAAAGUUUUUUCAAGAUGAAGUACCCGACUUAUGAACUCUUGUUUUGUUUUCAUACAAGAGACGAUCCUGCAGCCAAAGUUGUAGAAGCUCUUGUAAACAAAUAUCCCGAAGUAGACACUCAAGUGUUUUACGGAGGUGAGACUGUCGGAUUAAAUCCCAAAAUCAACAAUAUGAUGCCAGCGUACAGAGCGUCUAAGUAUCCUUUAGUACUUGUCAGUGAUAGCGCCAUUUACAUGCGAGAAGAUGCCUUACUAGAUAUGGUGAUAUCAAUGACGGACGAUGUAGCCUUAGUUACCCAAAUGCCCUAUUGUCUAAACAGGCCUGGUUUUGGUGCAAAUUUGGAGCAGGUAUACUUUGGUACUGGCCAUGCACGUAUAUAUUUGGCUGGAAAUUGUCUUCGAUUUAUUUGUUCAACAGGUAUGUCUUCAUUAAUGCGAAAAUGUGCUAUAGAAGAUGCUGGUGGCAUGCACAAAUUUGGGGCCUUCCUUGCAGAAGACUAUUUCUUUGGUGUGGCUUUUGCAAAAAGGGGAUGGAGAAGCGUUAUUUCAAGACUUCCUGCUCUACAGAAUGCGGCUAAACCGGAUCCUCGUAAAUUCCAUGAAAGAAUUUGCAGGUGGAUUAAACUUAGAUUGGCUAUGCUUCCGCAUACAAUCAUAUUGGAACCCCUUCAAGAUUGUUUUGUUUCUGGUAUUCUUGGCGGAUGUUGCCUUCUAGUUCUGUUUCCAGUUAGCCCAUUGUUUUUCGUUUACUACUUUAUAGGACAUUUGAUAUAUUGGAUCUCCUGCGAUUAUCUUCUUAUUCAUCUUGUUCAGAAUGGUUCUUUGCCUUUUUCGUUUAUGCAAUUUCUUGUUAUUUGGUUAUAUCGCGAGGGUUCCGCCUUCCCUACUUGGUGUAGGGCGCUGAUGAAUCCUAACAUUUUAUGGCGGACAGGAACUUUUCGAUUGCGCUGGGGGGGCCGUAUUGAUGAUCGGUCUAAAAGCUAUCUUAUUAAAACCACUCACUAA